AUGCCACAGCCGCAGGAGGCGACGGGGGAGGGCCCGCUCCAGCUGCAGGCUCGGGCGAUGCCCGGGAACCCGAGGCGGGGGGGGCUGGAGGCAGUUCAGCACAGCCCGCCUCCAGCGCCGGGAAGGACCGAGGCGCCGGUACAGGCACAGCCUGCGAAGCCGUGGCACCGUCCUGCUCAGCUGCCAGGGAGCAGGCAUGGGAAUCCGGCAGCAUGGGACCGGCAGAACCUGGCCCGGCGUCGGCACCACUCGCAGAACCCGCCCCCAUGCCCCACGAAUCCGGCGCGGGGGGGGCAGCGCUCGGAAUCGCCCCUAACAGCGUUUCUUCAGGGGCGAAAGGUCCAAGAAGCGGUGCCGGCCGCUCCUCCGCUGGAAAGGCGUGCGCGGCCACCGGCGCGGAGCCUGGCCCUGGCCCGUCCCCCACCGCGGGGCAGGGCACGGCCCAGCCGCAGCAGGGACACGGGACAGACCCCGAGACACCCCCCAGGGCCGGCGCGGCCCCCCGUUCAGGCAGCCCCUCAUCGGUCUGUGCCGGGAGGGCACGUGGAGGCGGCGACCCCCCCCCUGGGCUUCCACCGCCGGGGCGCCGGCCGAGGAGGGGUUACACUCCCGGGGUCCGCGGCACCCCGGACAGCCUGCCGGCAGGGAUCCAACCCCGCCCCGGGCUUACACCGCCGGGGCGCGGGACGAGGCGGGGUCACGCCCACCGGUCCCGCGGCGGCCCCGUUCAACCCGCCAGGGGCCCCAGCAAUCCCGGGGGAGCCGACCUCGGGACCUGACCUCAGAACACCGCCGCACCUUCGCCAGAUCCCCAGCAGCCGGAGCACCCGGGGCUCAUAA